GGGGCCCAGCCGCAGCCGUUGAGUUCCCCGACUGCCUCCUCCGAGACGGCGGAGGGACCCGAGCCGAGGGCUGCGCAGUUGGUCUGGGGCGCGAGCCGGAUACGCAGGAUUUGCUUGCAGCGCGGAGCAACAAGCAGAGCCAGCAGUACCACUCUCCUGGACCUGCCUUCUGAGGAGCCGCUCCAGAAAACACUGAGCUGCCCAUCACGGGACAGGGAGCUCCAGGCCCAGCAGCAUGGGGGAGGCCUGCAUCAAAGUGACCAAGUACUUCCUCUUCCUCUUCAACCUGCUCUUCUUCGUCCUGGGCGCCGUGAUCCUGGGCUUCGGGGUGUGGAUCCUGGCCGACGGCUCCAGCUUCAUCAACGUGCUUCAAACCUCCUACAGCUCCCUGCAGGUGGGCGCCUACGUCUUCAUCGGCGUGGGUGCGGUCACCAUGGUCAUGGGCUUCCUGGGCUGCAUCGGGGCCAUCAAUGAAGUCCGCUGCCUGCUGGGGCUGUACUUCGCCUUUCUCCUGCUCAUCCUCAUUGCGCAGGUGGUGGCUGGGACCCUCUUCUAUUUCAAUGUGGGCAAGCUGAAGGAGGAGAUGGGCACCGUGGUGUUGGAUAUCAUCCGGAACUACAACGCCAGCAGUCAGGACAGCCUGCAGGAGGCCUGGGACUAUGUGCAGGCACAGGUGCGGUGCUGCGGCUGGGUCAGCUUCUACAACUGGACGGACAACGCCGCGCUCAUGAACCGCAGCGAGCCCACCUACCCCUGCUCCUGUGAGGACCAGAGCGACGAGGAAGCCAGCCUCUCGGCGACAACGGGCUUCUGCAGCCCCCAGAACGUCACCCAGGACGGCAACCACCCCGAGAGGUGGCCGGUGUACAGGGAGGGCUGCAGGGAGAAGGUGCAGGCCUGGCUGCAGGAGAACCUGGGCAUCAUCCUGGGCGUGUGCGUGGGCGUUGCGGCCCUGGAGCUCCUGGGCAUGCUGCUGUCCCUCUGCCUGUGCCGGCACAUCCGCUCCGAAGACUACAGCAAGGUCCCCAAGUACUGAGGCGCCGCUGUCCCCGCCUCCCUGCCCAUUUCCCCCCAGCCCUGGGGGCUCCCAGCUCCCUCCUCCCCGCCUUCCGGAAGGGGGGGCUCUCUGCUCUGCACCCUCCCUGCCUUUCUGCCUCCGCCCUUGAGCCCUGCCGCCCCCUUGCUCACUGCCCGCAGGCCGGGACUCCCCCUGCCCGGAGGCCGUGCCCAGU